GUCAUUACCAUAAUGGUGGCUGAGAGCAACAGAAAUUAGAACGAAAAAAUAAUAAUCAGAAACAGGAUGGAUUAAAUUGAAAAAUUGACUGCAGUGGUACAAAGUUCAAGAAGUAAAAUGAUGGACAAGAACACAAAUGCUGCUGAUAAUAAAGUGACACCUGAAAUUGAUGUUGACAAGAUUAUUGAGCAGCUUCUUUCAGUGAAAGAAUCUCCUGGCAAACAGGUCCAGCUUCCAGAAACACAGAUAAGACAGUUAUGUAUCCUGUCUCGCCAAAAAUUUCUAGACCAGUCAAAUCUUCUUGAACUAGAAUGCCCAGUAAAUAUAUGUGGAGAUAUACAUGGACAGUUUGAUGAUUUAGUUAAAACAUUUGAACAGAAUGGUUAUCCACCAGCCAAAAAUUACCUCUUCCUUGGUGAUUACGUUGACAGAGGGAAAAGGUCGUUGGAAUCAAUUUGUCUUCUCUUAGCAUACAAGGUCAAGUACCCAGAAAACUUCUUUCUUUUAAGAGGAAAUCAUGAGUGUGCUUCUAUAAACAGAAUUUAUGGGUUUUAUGAUGAGUGCAAGCGAAGAUACAAUAUAAAGUUAUGGAAGACUUUUACUGAUUGUUUCAACUGUUUACCCAUCGCUGCUGUGGUAGAGGAUACAAUAUUGUGUAUGCAUGGUGGGUUGUCACCUCAUUUAAAUCACCUAGAUCAGAUACGAAAUAUGGAACGACCUAUGGAUGUUCCGGACCAGGGUCUUGUGUGUGAUAUGUUGUGGUCAGAUCCUGAUGAGGAUAUAACAGGUUGGGGAGAAAAUGAUCGAGGUGUUUCUUUUACAUUUGGUGGUGAUAUUGUGAAGGAUUUCUGCAAAAAACAUGAUCUCAGUCUUAUAUGUAGAGCGCACCAGGUGGUUGAAGAUGGUUACCAGUUCUUUCAGAAAAGACAGCUGGUAACAAUAUUUGGUGCACCAAAUUACUGUGGAGAAUUUGACAAUGCUGCUGCCACAAUGAUAGUUUCAGAUGACCUAACAUGCUCGUUUACUAUACUCAAGCCACAGCUCAAGAAGAUGAUAGUGGAUGAAAAAUCAGACAAAAAGAAAAAGAAAUAAACACAAGAGGUUAUAAUAGAGACAUGAUAGUAGAGUGAUAGUGCUAUUUUUGUAUAGAAGACAAGUUUCAGAAAUUUGUUAAUAAAUGGCAAUAAUAUUUUAUUUACAUAUGGGUGGUUUAAAAAAAAUGAAGGUAAAGUAUGACAUUGGGUCUCAUGUUUAGAUGAUGAUUUUCAUUUUUAUUCUACACAUGUAUUACAGCAAAGACAGAUUCAAUUUUGGAUGCCAGAUUGUUAAGGAAUAGGUAUUUGACAAAAUUUUGAACUUUAUACAGUCUAGAUAAGUUUUUUUAAAUAUCUUAAACAGAUACCCCAUAAGGAAACGAUGAUUGUAGAGAUAUGGCUACAAAAAGAUAAAUGUCAUCAAAGGGAAUAAAAUAUUUUUCCUAUCAUGAUUUUAGCUCACCUGAGUGCGACUGCUCAUGGCAAGCUUUUAGGAUCAUUGGAUGUCCCUGUGUCCAUCAUUCACAAUUCCUUUAAAGAACAUUCUUUUCUUUCAACCAAACUUUGCAGGAAUGUUCCUUGGGUAGUACCCUGUUAGAUUUCUUCAAAUACAGGUCAUCCAUACAGAAUUCUGGUGUAGGCUGCAUCUAAAAGGGGGAAACUGAAAAUCUUCCCUUCAGAAACCAAUCGUCGAAUUUUGAAAUUAUUUCACAGAAAUGUUCCUUGGGUGUCAUUCUACCAAAUUCCUUUAUAUCAUUGUUUUUUUAAACUUGUACACAAGGGGUAGGGGCUAGUUUUCUCAGUAUGUCUAUUUGGAAAACUGUUAAAAUCUUCUUAAAAACAGCUGGCCUGAUUUGAAGAACAAUAUCCCCAGCAUUGUUCCUAAGUUCACCCUUUACUAAAUUCCUUUUAGUGAUUGUGUGUCUCAAGACAUGGCUGCCAGGGGAGGUGGGUAUGUGGGCAGUAGGGGUGGGGCGGGGGAGGGGGGGCUAGUCUCUGGAUAUAUGGAAAUCUUUGAAAAUUUGCUCUAAAACGGCUGGUCUGAUUUCAAAUUAUUUUGCUGAAAUGUUCCUUGGGUGGCCAUCUACCAAAGUCUUCCAUGUUGAUUUGUAACAUAACAUGGCCUCAAGUCGAAAAAUCUUUAAAGGUCUCAUAAACUGCUGGUCUGAUUAUGAAAUGAUUUCACUAAAGAUUACUUCAGUGAGCCUAUACCAAGCGUGUUCACAAAAGGUUUCGUGUAUAUAUAUUGUAGGUCCUACAUUUAUUAUGUAGUAGUGGAAACUUCAAAAAUCUUUCUUUCAGAAUGCUAGCCCAACUACAAACUGAUCUGCAGAUAUUUCCCUUACAUGACCCUCUCCAAAAUAUGUUCAACCCAGCUGUGAAACUCAGGUGAGUGAUCAGUUGAACAAAGUUUACAGCUAGGGGUAACCAUCUUUAAACUUCUGUCAUGGCAUUUAUAAGGGCAUAACAAUUUGAAGAUAGAUACCAAAAUUAUGAAUAAGGCUCAUACAGUGUUAAAAAUGCUUAAAUUUGAUAUACUUUCUUAAAAAGUCCUAAAAAUGUCAACUUUUAGAAGUGCUUAAAAAGUCCUUAAAUAUGGUUUAGAUGAGUGAAGUUUUGUAAUUUUUUUACCUGCAUGAAAAAACGUGGUAAAUCUGAAGACCUUAUUUGUUGAGCAUCAAAAUAUGUUAUUUGUAUCAGGGUGGAACUAACAGAGGGACAAAAACACAGGUUUUACAUUCAGCAAUAUUCUAUCUUCGCUUUCCUAUUGUCAAAUCAUCUUGUUAUUUUGAUAAAAAGUGACUGAAGUUCCCAUGUUUGUGGAUGAUGACAAUAAAUUUGGAACAGACUGUUUUAUUCACAAAAUAUGGAUAUUUUCAGCAAAGUUAUUGUUGGUGAUGUAACAGUAAACAUAUUAACUGAACAAUAAGUUCUCUCCAAAAUGUUCUGUUCUAAAAGAUGAGAUCUCAUAACAGUAAUCAUAGAAAUAUAGAAAAACAGGCCUGGAAAAUAAGGAAAAGCUCCUUAAAAAGUCCUUGAAUUGUUUUUAUGUUAGUCUGUAAUACUAUGUACCUUUUAAUAAAAUAAAACAAUAACAACUCGAUUUAACAUGUUGGUUCCAAAAGCUCAUAACUUUUAGUUAAUUUGAAUAAGAAGAAAAACUUUUUUAAACCACCCAUAUGUAAUAGACUUCACACUGGGUGCAUACGUAGCCAGCAUUAUUUUGUUUAGGAAAAAGUUAUGACAGCGUUUCUUUUAACAUUGAUUCCUUUUGGUAUCAGUGUUCGAUACUUAUUUAUAUAUAAUAAGAAAUGAUGCCACCUUGUUGAUUAAAAUUUUUCAGUUGUUUCACUUUUGAAAAAUUACUGUAUAGAAUAGCUUUGUUUUCAAGUUCAGCUCAAAGUGUAAGUUUAAUGGGGGUUAAGGUAAGUUCAUAUUUAAUGGUGCAUAAUUUGAGUGGUCAGUAUUGUUUUCACUAAAUAUUAUGAUGAUUUUUAUGUCUUUUAGCAUGCAAGAUGUAUCUGUGUUCAACAUUUUAAAAGAUUUUUAUCAUUAUGAGUUGAAUAGCGAGAAUACAAGUCACACUUGAAGCCACAAAUAUAGGUUAUCCCUCCCAACUGCUGUUUAUAUUUGUUUUGUAAAACAUUGUCAUAUGUGUAUUUGUUUUCUUACUUAUUAAGGAGUUGUUUUAGCUGUCCUGAGCAUGAAGUACUCAUGGUAACGAAGAGCUUGUGGUAAACAUUUAGGAUUGUCGUAUGUCUGUUCUUAGUUUCUUAUAAGAACCUGUCAAACCAGGAAAAAAUUCGACCCAAUUUCAAAGGAAAGUUUGUUGGUCCUCUUUCGAAGUCUUUUAAAUCUAGUACCUCCCUCCAGAAAUGUUCAAACUCUUUUGAUUUGGCAAAACACAUGGCUGCCAGAGUUUAAAAUAGAAUAAUCUAUAAAUAUUUCUGGUAAACUGAAGGUCAGAUGUUGAAAUAUUUCCACAGAAAUGAUCCUAUAGUGAAGUUUCUUUAAAUAUUCUGUGGUUUGUCAAAAACAUGGCCACCAGCAUAGUCACUUAUAUUUUUUAGGUAUAGUAGAAAAAUCUUCAUGUCAGAAACCACUUGCCCAAUUUGAAAAUAAUUUCACAGAUACUGCCCUUGUGUCUCACCCGAUCAGGAUCAUUCAGGCUAGUUUUGAAACUCAAGUGAGCGAUGUAGUGGGGCCAUAAUGGCCCUCUUUUUAUUGAUACCUCAAUGGUGAAUGUUUUAUGUACUUGUUGUGAAAAAAUUAAGAGAAUUAGAAUGACAGACUUAUUUGCUGAGUUUGUUUAUCUGUCCUAUAUCUAGGUCUCUUUGCUGUUUUCUAUUUUUGUCACAUUAGUUCAGUUAGAUCUGUAUACUUGUUACUCUGGAAAUAAUGCCUUUACAUCAUGUAUAACCUAGAAUAAAAGUUUGGUCUAACAUAUGAAAGUAUCAACCAUGUCACGAAUAAAUAACCUUGUGUUAGGCUAUAAAUCUAGUAACGAUACUAAAAAAGUAUCUUUCUAAAGAUUGACUAGCAAAAUCAUUUAAACAAUUGUGUUUUAAAAUCAGUUUCAAAGUCUACAUUUUAAGAGUUUUUUCCCCUGUUUUUCUGUACAUGAAAUUGUCAUCAAAAUGGUGAUUUACCCAUAAACUCACAAUAUCAAAACAGUUUUUCAAAUCAGUCCAGUAAAAGAAAAGUUGGUAUAUGACUAUAUCUUUUUUGAUGCACUAAAAUUUCUUGUUGAAUCUUGAUGCAUGGAAAAAUUGGGUUCAAAUGAAAUUUUGAAAUUUUACAUUGUAGAAAACAAUUAAGCCAAAGUGGCAAAACUGCCAUAAAGUUGGGAAAAAAUUUAGAACUAAGCAAAAAAACCAGUGACCUGAUAAAUAUUUGACACUGGCAUCCAACUAAAUUCUACUGAUAUGGAUUUGUAAUUUAUAAAAGGUAUAUUGGUGUGAAAUAUCUAGCUUUUUAUACGCCUGUUUGAAAAACGGGACGUAUUAUGGGAACACCCCUGGCGGGCGGGCGGCGUCCACAGACUUUGUCCGGAGCAUAUCUUCUUCAUGCAUGGAGGGAUUUUGAUGAAACUUGGCACAGUUGUUCACCAUCAUGAGACCGAGUGUCCUGAGCAAGUACCGGGUCCCUGGGUCUAAGGUCAAGGUCACACUUUGAGGUCAAAGGUCAAAUUCAAGAAUGACUGUUCGGGGCAUAUCUUCUUCAUGCAUGGAGGGAUUUUGAUGAAACUUGGCACAGUUGUUCACCAUCAUGAGACAGAGUGUCUUGCGCAAGAACCAGGUCCCUAGGUCUAAGUUCAAGGUCACGGAGAUCAAAGGUCAAAUUCAAGAAUGACUUUGUCCGGAGCAUAUCUUCUUCAUUCAUGGAGGGAUUUUGAUUUAACUUGGCACAAUUGUUCACCAUCAUGAGAUGGAGUGUCAUGCACAAGAACCAGGUCCCUAGGUCUAAGUUCAAGGUCACACUUAGAGGUCAAAGGAUACAAGAAUGAAAACUUUGUCCGGAGCAUUUCUUCUUCAUGCAUGGAGGGAUUUUGAUAUAACUUGGCACAAAUGUUCACCACCACGAGUUGGAGUGUCUUGCGCAAGAACCAGGUCCCUAGGUCUAAGGUCAAGGUCACACUUAGAGGCCAAAGGUCAGAUGCAAGAAUGACUUUGUCCGCAGCAUUUCUUCUUCAUGCAUAGAGGGAUUUUGAUGUAACUUGGCACAAUUGUACACCAUCAUGAGACGAAGUGUCAUGCGCAGGUCCCUUCUUUAGAAUUACUUCCCUUCGUUGUUACUAUCAAUAGCUUGUAUUGUAACUUUUUCAUUACUAGUCGUAGGGAAAAAUCGAGACCACUUUUCUGUAGAACAACAUGCAUGUUACAUACAAUUCUGAAGUGUAUUUUGACCUAUCUCUACCUUGUAAGGAUUUUUGUGUGAACUUACAAUUUUUUUUGGGGGGGGGGGGAUGUUUUUUUUUUUUUUUUUAAGAUUAACUUCCCUUAGUUGUUACUAUAAAUAACUUAUAUUGUAACUUUUUUAUAAUUGACCGUAGGGAAAAACCAAGACCACUUUUCUGUGGUACAACAUAGAUGCUACUUUCAAAUUUUAGGUGUAUUUUAAGGUAUCUCUACCUGUUAAGGAGUUUUGAUGUGGAUUUAGAAAAACAAAAGAAUUACAGUAAUUACUACCGCAAAAUUAAAAUUUCAUUUGCAAAUACAGGUGCUAGUGUAAAGAAAUUUGCUGUGACGGGUGUAUAUUGUGACAUUCUGGCACUCUUGUUGUUCCAUGUUUUCGUGAGUGUAAAUAUAAGAUAAUAAUUUAUUGUAAUGCUAAUUUGCGAAAGUAGUGUGUAAUGACAGGAGUAUUUUGUUACGCUCUCCAAUAUAAGGUAUUUGAGUCCAGCAUGUCCAUCAGUCCAAAAUUGUUAAAUGGACUUUCAGAUAACUGCACAAAAAUUUUCACAAUUAUAAUAUAACAUGGUACACAUAGGUCACAACGUCCAAAGUCGAGAUCACUUUUAGAGGUCAAAUUCCAUGACUUAAAUCUCCUAUACAGAUAGGAAAUUUUCAUAAAACUAGCAUCAGUUGAUUUUAUAAAGACUACAUGCUGAGUGCAUGACCAGUCUCCAAAGGUCCAAGGUCAAGGUCAGACUUGGAGCCAAAGGUCAGAUAUCUUUAUUUAGCAUCUGUACGAUAUCUUCUCUUGGAAAGAUUUUCAUUGAAGUAGCAUCAGUUGUUUGCCUCAUUAAGAUGACAUGCAGAGAACAUAACACAGGUCUCUAGGUUCAAGGUCAAGCUCAUACAUGGAUUGCUAAAGUUCAAAUAGCUCAAUUUCAUGUCUGCCCCAUAUUUUCUAAAUGGCUGGAAUGAUUUUAAUGAAACUGGCAUCAAUUGUUCACCUUUUCAAGAUUACAUGAGCCACAUCACUAGGUCCAAGGUCCAAGGUCAAGAUCAUCUCGGAAGCCAAAGAUCCUAUAGCUAUAUUUCAUGUCUGCUCCAAAUCUUCUAAACUACUUGAAAGAUUCAUAAUACCAGCAUCAAUUAUUUACAAAGAGACAACAUGCAAAAUUCAAUACCCGUGCUACCACCCAACAACCUUUCCUGUAUCAAAGCAGCAUUUUGGGGUCUAGUUUGUUUUCAGUGUAAGAGCGAAAUAUUCAGCAAGUGAACACCAGCUGCAAUAUUUUCAUAAGUGGUAUAGCCCCAGGUAUAAAUGUAAGAUCUUGUGUUGAUAAUCAAUCUAAAACACAUUCCUUUAUUUCAUGUCUUUAUAAUAGUUUUAAGUAUACUUUCCACAUUAUAAAGUUCCUUAUCAGUGAAAGAAUUUCAGUUGUGUUUCUCACUGAAAUGACCAGGUAUAUUUUGCUGUUUCUUUUUUACUAUAAAGGGCAUUUUUAUAUAUGCAUCAUUAAUUGUGAUAACAAUUGAUGUUAAUGUGUAAGUCAAAACUUUUGUUCAAAAUACAGUUACAUGCUGAAUUGAAAUUCAUAUUUAUAAUUCAAUAAAACCGUCAUAUUGUAGAGCAUCAUAACUUGUAUUUCACAAAAUUAUGUGCUGUUAAUGCUAUGUCAGAAGUUUCAUAGAAUAAUUUACAUCUUUGUAAAUACCAAGAUUCACAAAAUCUGGUAGCACAUGCUUCAUACCGAAUGGGACUAUGUCCAUUCUUGUACUUCAUACAUUCUAGUCUGCAUGCAAAUACUCAAAAUAUUUCCUAUGCAAUCUUUAAAAAGCCCACAUAGUUUGCUAAUUAUUAUGUUCUCAAAAAACAAAUGCACAUAAGCUUUCAGUCCAGUAGCUAAAAACUAUCAAACAUAUAUGAGAUUGAUAUAUCAAACACAUUCAAAGGAGCUUAAACUAUCACUUAAGUAUUCAUUCCAGUUUCUCAUAGAUGAUGGCACUGCACCAGUUACAUACAGCAAAACAUUGAUUGCUCAAGGUAGCAAGAACUUAUCCAGGGUUUCAAUUAAUCCAAACAUAAAAUAUAUACAGAAUGGCCAAGGACUACAAAAAUUGCUUGAGUAAGCCCAGGAGCUUGAGCUGUCAAUGCUCAAGUGAACAGUUUUUCACAGUAUAGCAUUAGUAAACCUGAGGGUUUUAGUACUAGAUCAGUGUUAUUUUCCACUAAGUUUGUAUUUGCAUGAUAAGGUAAUGCAUAGUUUGCCAGUCUUUAAUUACAUAGUAUAAGAGGUGAGGCAAUCUAAUAUGUAACAACAUUUGAAUGAGCUUUUUAUUUUGUUAAUCUGGAGUCUGGAGAUUAGAAAAUCUCUUUUAGAUCAUGAUAUACCAUCCAUAUGACAUAGUUUUAAUUAAUAUAUUAGAGGGAAGGCAUUUUACCAAAAAAUCUGUUAAAUAUUGCUCAGUCUGGUCAGGAUCCAUGCUGUUCGCUAACGGUUUCACUAAUUGCAAUAGGCUUUGAAAGUGAACAGCAUGGAUCCUGACCAGGCUGGUCGCAAACACACUAAAUUGGUUUUCUCAUGAUCAGCUCAUAUAUUUUGAAAAGUAUUUUUUUUUACAUUUAUCUGGAGGCCUAUUCCUUCGAUAUCAUUAUACAUCACAUGUUAGUAUUCAACAGAAGUACCACAAGGGUUUUUCACAGCUUUCUUCAUUUUGCAAGAACCAAUCAGUAUGUUGGGAUAGUCUUAGAAGAUGAUACCAAGAACAUUUAGAAUUUGAUAUAUGCUUAUUUUCCAUCAUUUAAAUUCCCUGGCAAAAAGUAUAUUUUGCAAGUGAAAGAUUUACCCAUGAAAAUAUAAAAACAAUUUGUUUUCUAAAUUUAUCUUUGUAUAAAUUUCUUGUACAUUGUCUUUUAUGGGUGUUUUGAAAGCAUUUAAAAAUGAUGUCAGAAUACUAUUAUAAGAUAUUUUUGAGUCUAAAAUUGCUGAAUAAACCUAUUACAGAAUAUGUGAAACACAUAUUUGUAUGAAGUAACUUAAUGUAGCUCAAGGCUGUUCAUCUGUGAGUUAUAUUUUAAAAAGAGUUGUUGAAAUAGUGAACAAUUCAUGUUAUAAACAUAUUAUUCAUAUAGGUAGAUAUAUUCUUCAAAGUUACUAUGUACAUGGACAAGUCUCUGUAAAACGUUCCAUAAAAAUGCUUUAUUUAUAUGAAUAUCUUGUUGAUAUUUUAUUGUGAAUUUGAAUUUACUUUGUUAAUUUUUUGCAUUAAAGUUUUUUCUCGAAAUAAAUUCGGUUGAGUUUGAA